AUGAGCAGCUCUAGCUCUAGCUACACCACCAACUUAUCUCAGUAUGAUGGAGAUGAAAGAUGUAGAUGUGGUCGAAGUGUUGUGAUGCAAACUUCACUAACUGUGAAAAAUCCAGGAAGAAGGUUCCUUGGGUGUACAAACUACAAAAAAAAACAUGGAUGCAAUUUCUUUGUCUGGAUAGAUCCUGAAACGUGUCCUAGAGGAUUGGAAUAUGCCAAGAUCAUGCAAGCCAAAAAGAAAGAACUUGAGAAACAAGUUGAAGAAUUGAAAAUGAUAACUGAGAGGUUGGAAAGAGGAAAACAAAUGGUGGAAGAAGAAAAUGAUGCACUGGUUGUCAAAUUGGCAGACUUGACUGAAAUGAAUGUCAAGCUUACAACUACUAUUGAAGCCCUAAAUGCACAGAUUGGAGCAAGGAAGACUAGAGAGAUAGGACCAAGUUAUUUUAGGAACAUCAUCAUAGUAGUGGUAGUCAUUGUGUUUGUGAUUGGUGUGCUUACGUCAAGUGUGAACCAUAAUACCCUUAUGGAAAAAUAUUUGUAUUCGCCUUAA